UGAGAUAAAAUUGUGUAGCAACAGGUGAAACUAAAUGGUAAAAAUCUGCCUUCAUAGUUAUGCAGAGGGCAUAAGGUAUGUAGUGAAAAUGUUAUAUAUUUGCAUUUUUGCUUGAAUUUUUGUCAUCAGGUACAAUUCGUAUGUUAGAAUUUUUGCCGUUAGAAUUGUUUAUAGCUUUUUUCCUUUUCCUAAUUCAUCCAGGAAUGAAGACCUUCCUGGAGAUUUAAACUCUGUAUGAAGCUUUUAUGAAUACUUAAUUUUGUACUUUUUUUAUUAAUGCAAAGAAUCUUAUAUUAAUUAAUUUUUCUUCAAAGCCCAUGUUAUAUGGUUGUCACAUUGAUGCCUAACUUUAGUUGCAAACAACUUCACAUGUACGACGCCGCGAAGGUGACCUACUGUUGAGGGUUAGAGUGUAUAGGUGGAGUGGUGGUUGAUGAGGAGUGACAGGGUGACAAAGAUGCUCCGGUUUAUAGGAUUUUAUCGGGUUCAGGGAUUAUAGAUCUCACUUAGAUGGAAAAACAAGUGAUAAGAACGAUUCGGAAUGUGAUAGGGAUAAUUAAAGGAGUGGAGGAACCUGAUAGGUCGCAGAAAGAUUCAUUGACGGAUUCCAUUCCGGAUUCCAAACGGAAAAUCACUUCAGUCUACCAAAUACGGCAACUUCAAGUGGAACAAGCUGAUGGUAUGCUUGCAUGCUUCCGGGAAACAGUGGAAAUAGUUAGCAUGCUUACUGGGGCAGAGGGAUAGUCGUGUUACGUUCAGGUAAUAUUUUUCUUCAAUAUAUACAAAAACCAAAAUCUUACUUAUUAUAUAAUCAGAUUGUAAUUAUCCAAUUAUUUAGCAUUCAAAUAACCAAUUUUGGAUGAUAAGUUUCACACAAGCUUUAACACAAAUGAUAAAUUUUCACCCAUCAUUUUAGCAUUAAUAAUCAUAUUAUAUUUAUAAUUGAUAUAAAAUAAAUUUUAAUAUUAAAACUCCAACAAUAUAUGAAAAUAUUUUUU